GAAAAAGCGGAAACAGAACAAUUCGCCUGGAUAAAAUUCACGUUAGAACACGCGAAUCGACAUAAUUUAAAUAAUAAUAAUUAAAAAAAAUAACGAAUAUGUAAUAAAAACAAAUCCAUUGACCAAACAAAACAAAUGGCAGCGUUCACCGUGUCGUCACCAAAUGGUCACGUGGUGUCUCGGUUGGCAGAAAGCCUGUGGAAGUCAAUAGCCGACCGGUGCACGUUGAAGCUUCUCAGCGAACCUUAUCUUAGCUUAGCAUGCUAACAAAGACUAAUAUUUUCUCAAUACCUUUAUAUAAAAAUUUAUGGUAUCAUAGGAUAAAGACGUGUUGCACGAAUAAAAUGAGCCCGGGUUUGUAAGAACCGGAUAACAAUUCAGGAUCUUAUGCCACUUUUUAUGUCAAACAUUUGACAAAAUAUUCUGCCCAGAAGUAAUGUAAAUCAUGAGGAAACCUGUGUCCAUUACAAUGACUCUUUGGCAGAAAAAUGCCCCGAUAUUAGUCUUAGGUCACAAAUUAUUAUUUAUCUCCGUCUCUUAUAUCUUAUAAAGCAUAAUUACAUGUUCUACUGUCUCCUUCUGUUGACAGUAAUCGUAACCCAGCUCUAAUUUUACUUCAUGCCAAUUUAUUUUGAGUUACUGUUUGAUCUGUUGUAUGUGUGAUUUCCCUUUAAUAGGUAUGACAACACCUCACGUCAUGUUUUACAACAGUUUUGGCUGCUUUACGACCGUUUUACGACACGACGGUUUACUAUGGCGCCUCCGUCAGGUAACGCGGGCAGAAGAUAAAAAGUUGUCAAAGAGUGAACUUGUGUCUGGUAUAUGCGUCGUGUGUUUCGGCCUUCGCGAUGUUGUUCACGUUUCCUUACUAGAACGUAAAGUGUUGUGAUGGUCGUGUGAAAAUGUGUGCAAGGAGGAUAGCAGAGUAUGAGGAGGAACGUUCUGGACUAAAAGAGGAAACUGAACCACCUCAACUACUGGACGCUGUGUUCAAGUUGCAGCCUCGAAUUGUGCUACGCAGAGCAGACAUCAGUGAAUAUCUUCAUCCUGACCGGCAGGAGCGAGAGCCUUUUCACGUUAAAGAGGAAUCGGAGGAUAAAGAGGUCUCCCACGUCAAAGAAGAAGAGGAUGUUAAGGAUAUCACCAAGUUUCCAUCGACUGGUGUCCCUUUGAAGAGUGAAUAUGAUGGUCAAAGUGAGGAGAGCAGAGGGGCAGAGCCUCCAAGCAGCAGCUCAAAUCAACACAUGACAAGAGAAGGCGAUGGAGACCACUGUGGAGGAUUCCAAGCAGUCGGCCUCUUAGCUCCACUAUCAGAUACUGAUGACAUGACGUCACACUUUCCUGCCACUGAAGAUGAUGAAGAGUAUGAAAGUGAUAUGACAUGUCACAUUGCCAACAAACGGUGGAAAUGUACUCAGUGUGGGAAAACCUUUCCUCAUAAGAGCCAUUUGAAAAGACACACAAGAACACACACUGGUGAGAAACCUUUUUCAUGCUCAGUUUGUGGUAAAACAUUCAAUCGGAAUGGAGACUUAAAAAUACAUGAAAGAACCCACACUGGCAAUAAGCCUUUUGCCUGCUCAAUUUGUGGUCAAAGAUUCGCCAUAAAGUCACGUUUAGAAUUACACAUAAGAACCCAUACUGGUGAUAAACCUUUUGCCUGCUCAGUUUGUGGUCAACGAUUCGCUCACAAUGGAAGCUUAAAAAUACACACAACAAUGCACACCGGUGAUAAACCUUUUGCCUGCUCAAUUUGUGGCCAAAGGUUCUCUGUAAAGGCACGCUUAAAAUUACACACAAGAACCCACACUGGUGAUAAACCUUUUGCCUGUUCAGUUUGUGGCCUAAGAUUCACUCAAAAUGGAAGCUUAAAAAGACACGCAAGAACCCACACUGGUGAUAAACCUUUUCCCUGCUCAGUUUGUGGUCAAACAUUCACUCAGAAGGGAAACUUAAAAAUACACAAAAGAACUCACACUGGUGAGAAACCUUUUGGCUGCUCAGUUUGUGGUCAAAGAUUCCCCGUAAAGGCAAGCUUAGAGUUACACACAAGAACCCACACUGGUGAUAAACCUUUUGCCUGCUCAGUUUGUGGUCAAAGAUUCACUCAGAAAGGAAACUUAAAAACACACACAAGAACCCACACUCGUGAGAAACCUUUUGCCUGCUCCGUUUGUGGUCAAAGAUUCUCUCGUCAAAAGCACUUAAAAAUACACACAAGAACCCACACUGGUGAGAAAGCAAUUGCCUGCUCAGUUUGUGGUCAAAGGUUCUCUAUAGAGGGAAACUUAAAAUGCACACAAGAACCCACUGGUGAUAAACCUUUUGCCUGCUCAGUUUGUGGUCAAAGAUUAUCUUGUAAGGAUGGGGUUAAGACGCAUAAGUGUGCUGGUUAGAAUUGUGGUGAUCAAGAAGCUCUAAAUGUAAAUGUUAGGUUCGAUUAGCUUAGUUUUAAACAUACUUUUGAACAGUGUAACGGAACCACACGUUUUCAGGUCAUUGUCAUAGUUAUUCCACAAAGUAACACCUCUAACAGAGACAUAUCUUUGUUUUAUAUUGGUUCUUGUCUUGUGCUUUUUUAGAACACCAGUUUCCUCAGAUCAUAACUCCCUCUCAUUUUAAACAGUUUUUGAAUGCUGUGGACAAGUAAAUUAUUGCAUACUUUUUACUUCGUGCAGGUUUAAAUUCUAUUAAGUCAUAGAAAUUAAGAGUGUAUAAAUUGAUAAAUAUUCAGAUCGAUCAGUGAUUCUCUUUUCAGUAACUUAAAUAGGCUAAGUAUUGGUUUUGUUUGUUGCCCCAUAUCUCAACAUCGUAUGGAAGUAAUAGUGAGCAGUAAACCGUAUAUAAUGAUUUCGUAUUCAGGAGAUCCUUGGUUUUUUGGUUGUUUAUUUCAUUUUCACCAUAUUCAGAAUCUGUUGUAGGGUUUUGUCUGAGCAUUAGAGAGUUGUAUCAUCAGUAAAAAAAACUUUAGAGACAUUGUAGAUAUCGGUGAUAUAUAAUAUGAAUAAUUUAGAGCCGAAUACAAACCCUUGGGGAACCCCAUGAGUCACCUUUUAAUAGGAUUUUUUUCUUUGUGAAAUUGCACGUAUUCAUAAAAAAAAAAAAAAUAAUAACUUUUCAUCCACUUGUGCCAACCCUGUUAUACCAGAUCCUUCCAAUUUGUCCACUACUACACUAUGAUCAAGAGUUUCAAACGUUUCCGAUCUAUAAAAAUUAUUUAUUUAUACAAGUAGCUAACCCUUGCAAGUAAGUUCCAUUACUGCCAUUGAGUUGGUCCUUUUUGCUGUAAGGCAUUAAUUUUCCCUAAGGAAAUUCUCAAUAAAUGCAUCAUCUUUGUGCAAAUAAUUUUUCAAAAAAAAUGUGAACUGUGGAAGUAGAGGUAUUAGUCUCUAGGUAUUGGGCAAGAAACAACCCACAUUUGAUUCUGAAUUAAUGUGGUUGGAUGUUUGUUGGUGGUCGGAGGGGCUGCAGGCGCAGAAUGGCAGCCACGCUUCCUUGAGACUGUCCCAGGCUAGCUCUGGCUUCACAAGUAGCUUACCACCACCAGGGUGUGACUGAGAGUGAGUGAAUAAUAAUAAUAAUAAUAAUAAUUGUAAAGCAUCUUUGAGUGCCUAGAAGAAUGCUAUAAAAGUGCAUAGAUCAUUAUAUUAUAGAUUUUAUUGUAGAUUUCUAUUUGUACAAUUGGUACAAUAUUUUGUUAUCCGUUGCUCUUGCUCUCAAUAGAUUGUUUCAGCUGCCACGAUACCAAUUUUUUGUCAGGCUGAUAUAUUUUCCCAAAAACUGUCACGAUAAACAAUAGUUUAUUUUUUAUUUAUUUUUUUAUUUUUAAUGCCACUGAUACAUUAUAGAGCAUAAUGAUUCAAAUGCAUCCUUUUUAAGAACAAAUAACUUUUAAUUCUAAAGAACAUUGGCAUUGUAAUGUAGAACAGUAAAUAAAAUUAUCUUUAGAUAAAUACAAAAUAUUUUUUUUUAAAUUAAACAUUUGGCACAUGGGUAUAGAGUCAUUCAUUUAGUAAAGAGGCCCAAAAAAUGUCUUAAAGCCUGCCAAAUUUAAAUGAAUUAAAAAAUAAUAAUAAUAAUUUGUACUCAAAGCAUUUGGACUUUGUCACUAUUUUUAUAUCAGAUAACUCGCCCCUACUCUGCCUCUGAUUGGCGAGCAACCAGGACAGGAUUUUUAAUUUUGAUUCACUGCGUGGGGAAGCACUUCAUCAACACACACACAUACAGCAUGGAGGGCGGGUCUUAAACCAUGCAGCUACAGACGCAGAAUGAAUGUGCUUUAUGCUCAUUUUUGUGCGUCUUGGACGCGGGAUACACGUCAAACGAGAUCCUUGUUAAGUGUACUGCAUUAUUAUUAUUAUUAUUGUAGUUCACAAAUGUUGUCUUCCACUUUUAUCGAUAAGAGUUACUGUAGCGUUUUUUAUUUUUGAAGGCGGGGGGAAAAAAGCCGUUUGAAAAGAUAGAUUACAGAUGUAUAUAAAUGGUUGUACUGUGCUCUCAAAACAUUUUACUAAUACCAUAUCAAUAUCAAAACAAUGUUUCUUUUUUCAUUUUUAGUUUUUACAUUAUCUAGUAUUUCUUUUAUUUACAGCAUUAAUAAACAGGAUGUUUUUUUAUAUACAUAUAUAUUUAUUUGCACAGGAAAUACAUUUGUUGGUCACAACCAAUAUGGGGUUGUUUCCCUAAGUCCAUUUUAAAGGCAGCAAUGGAUCUUUGUCAUAUGAAAUCUCAUAGGAAAUGAUUUUUAGUUUUUUUUUUUUUUUUUUUUCCCCCUCAAAUACAUUUUCUAAAGCUUGGUAAUAGAGGAAGAUGAUCACAUAUUUAUGAAAAGUCCACUUACAGUAUUAUCGUCAAUUUCAUUUAUGAAUAUAUCAUCUCUGUGUCGCUGUAUCAGUUGUGAUUCUACUUGGUUUCAUAAUAAGAGUCGAUAUAAAAUGUAUGGAUGAAGUUGCUGUUUUUUUUUUAUAGCUAUUUGAGUUGAUCAAGUCUUUAUUAAAAUUACAAAUUAUUUGUACUUUUCUACUAUUUGAGUUGCUCAAUAUGGAAGU